AUGGCCCGCGCCGCCCACGUCAACCUCAUGACCGACACCGUCAUCGCCAACCUCAGCCCCGACGCCCUGCGCGCCGUCGUGCGCGCCCUGCUGGCCGACGACCGCGACGGCCUCCUCGCCCGCCGCUUCCAGGACCACGCCCGCCAGCGUCUGCGCCGCGACUGCGACCGCGACCGCGACCUGCUCUCGCUGCCCGACGCCGACGACCCCGUGGCCGCCGUGCUCCUGCGCCGCCGCCGCAUCCUGGCCCUGCUCGGCUGCGGCCUGGCCGUCGACAGCCUGGCGCUCAUCGCCGACAUCGUCACCCACGCCGCUGCGCUGCUGCUGCGUCGCCGGCACGACCACAAGAAUGACGACGACGACGACGACGACGACGACGAAUCCCCGCUGCUCGACACGCUGGCCGCCGUCGACGCCGACCUGGUGCAGGCCCUGACCGCCGUGCGCACCCAGCAGCAGCAGCAGCAGCAGCACCACCCCUCCGACGCCCAGACCAUGGCCGCACUGCGGGACCUGCAGCACUGCCUCGCCGCCAGCCACGCCGCGCACCGCGCCCAGCACUGCGAGUUUGCCUUCGAGCGCGGCCAGGACAUGCUGCGCGACCUGCUCGAGGCCCAAGGGGAGGAGGAGAAGAAGAGGCACGGGGGGACCGACGGCUUGAGCGAGACUAUCUGA